CCCCUUCAGUAGAUGGAGUUGGAGAGCGUCUCUGAACGAUUUAUUUGAAGAGCAUCUGUGAGCACGCUGACUAGAAGACUUUCAUAGUUUUUUAUAAUUUCCUUGUUAGCAGGUGAAUAGUCUUUUGAGGAGUAAUUAUUCGCCUCACUGAAGUAAAACGGGAGUAGUUCGUUGACCCAUUGACUUCAGCUAGAGCAACCGCGAUGCGUUUGGAGUUGGGAAGCGUUUGUUCGCUUUAGCUUGAGAAAGUUUCCACGUAGGCUAUUAUUGUCUUGGAGACUUAAAUGUUUUACAGGUUAUAACAGAGAACACGCCAAGACAUGGUUUCAAAGCAUGGAAACAGAAGACGUGACGGUUAGAGAGCAAUUAUUUCACGACCGAGUCCGAGAAACCAUUAUUUGCGUGCUGCUUUUCAUUUGCCUGUACAUCUUGUCGCACUUCAUUCUCACUCACUUCAAGAAGAAUGCUGAGUUUGUCACUGACGACAUUGAGGAUGCCACUGUCAACAAAAUUGCGCUGUGGCUGUGUACAUUCACACUCUCAGUGGCCGUAUGUGCAGUGUUGCUCCUGCCCAUCUCCAUCCUGUCCAAUGAAGUACUGCUCACAUUCCCACACAGCUACUACAUGCAGUGGCUCAAUGGCUCACUCAUCCGUGGCUUGUGGAACCUAGUCUUCUUAUUCUCAAACCUUUCAUUAGUCUUCCUCAUGCCAUUUGCUUAUUUCUUUACUGAAUCAGAAGGAUUUGCUGGGUCCAAAAAGGGCAUUAUGGCACGAGUCUAUGAGACUGCUGUAAUGUUGCUGCUGCUCAGUCUGCUGGUGCUGGGCAUUGUUUGGGUGGCAUCAGCCCUCAUCCAUCACAACACUGCCCGUGAGAGUCUUUAUGACCUUUGGGAAUAUUACCUUCCCCAUCUUUAUUCUGGAAUCUCACUCUUUGGAGUUCUGCUGCUUUUGUUGUGCACACCCUUCGGGCUUUCACGUAUGUUUAGCGUCACUGGGAGCUUAUUGGUCAAACCUCGGUUGUUGGAGAACCUAGAAGAGACGAUGAACUGCACAGCGUUUGAAGAGGCCUCUCUGUCCAGGAAGUUGAAAAGUAACACCUCCUGUUGGAUCAGUGCAAACAUAGAGACCGUCAAUAAUGAACUUUUGAGUGUGCAGUCCAAACGCAUUGCUUUAGAGUUGCGUAAAAGAGCAUCUCCAUGGCAACGCAACCUGGGAUACCCAGUGGCCAUGCUGCUGCUUUUAGCUUUAACUGCGGUGUCUGUCCUGAUGGUGUGUUUUCAUGUGCUCGAACUGCUCUUCGAUGAGUCUGCUAUGCCUAGAGGAAUGGAGGACCCUCACUUGGGCCUUGCUUCAUUCUCCAUGUUCGGUUCUCUGGGAGCUGCAGUGCAGGUGGUCAUCAUCUUGUAUCUCAUGGUCUCCUCUGUCGUUGGAUUCUACAGCUCUCCACUUUUCACCGGUUUGCUGCCACGUGCACAGGACACAACCCUCACACAGAUUAUAGGGAACUGUGUUUCUCUUUUAAUACUCAGUUCAGCCUUGCCUGUUUUCUCCCGCACAUUGGGAAUCACAAGGUUUGAUCUGCUUGGAGACUUUGGACGUUAUAACUGGCUUGGCAGUUUCCACAUUGUUUUCCUGUACAAUAUGCUUUUUGCUGGACUCACAUCCGCCUGCCUCAUCAACACAGUCACAUGGGCCUUGCAAAGAGAACUCAUCCGUGCCUUUGGUCUCCACAGACUUCCUCUGACGGUGUCUCGAUCAACAAUCCCCCUCAAACUACUCCUAGCCAAUGGGCUCUCAAAGAUUCAUUGAAUAGCAGUCAGCUUUUUGAAAUAUCAAUGGCUACUGAAGCCUUUUACCUUCUGGAGAAGGUUCUGGAUCCCUUUUUAUGGCUUUCUCCUAUUGGACCAGAGCUAUUUUAUGUCCAUUUUAGGUGAACAAAAGUCACCAGAGAUGUUUACAAAGGUUGCCUGAACAAUAUACGUUGACCGAUGGGACCUUCUAAGUGGGAUUCUGCAAUUGCAGUUUUAUGCGUAGUUCAAUUCAGUAAUAUUUACGCUUAUUACUGCAUUUAAUAAAGGGAUGUCAAAUCACUGGACGCCUUGAACAAAUGCCAUAUGAAAAAUGAACAAUGGCUAGAGAGGACUUUGACAUGUAUCCAGACGGCAGAGCUAUUUCAGAGGAUGACAUCACAGCAGGACCACGUUUCCUUUUCCUGGUGGUGGAAUGAGAGUGUUGAGUUCUGUCCUGGUGGGCCCGCACACUUUCCCCUUGUAUAUCACUAUUUUUAGUGGCAUCCAGUGAAUUCAGUUCCGUGGGUCCUUAUUGUGCUGGCAUUGGAAGUCUAGUCUGACUGGGUUUGGAGAUCCUUGAGAAAAGGGAUGAAAGGAUAACAAGUGACAGUGAUCUUGGAGAUGAUGUUCAUUGUGAGAAAACAAAUGGAGUUCUAGUUUGUAAAAUACACUUUUUUUUUUGUGAAGUUUAGGUUUUUAAAUGCAUGUUUAAAAAAAAAUGGCUGACAGUGAUUUCAAGCUUUAAAAGACAGCUGUGAAUGUUUGGGGAUUUUGUUCCUUUUUUUUUGUUAUAUUUAAUAUGUGAAUCUUUAAUGUGCAAUAUUGUAUAAUGAAACGUCGACACUAUCUAACUCGAGUUCCUUCCAGAAACUUGUGCUGAUGACCAAAUGAAGGUGUUUGGCCCAAUUAAGAAAGCCUGAAUUGGGCAAUAAGGUCAAAGUUUUGUUUGUUCUGUUUUGGGUUGAGCUAUAUAGAGGGACUAUCAGUGCACAUGAAAAUUUCAUGUUUUACAGACACUAAGUUGCUGUGAAUUUUUGAUUCGAUAAUCACUCGUUUUAUAUGGUGCAGUAUUAUGGUGUACACGUUUGCUGAUCAAACUGUUUAUUCUUUUGUAUGAUUCAGUUAUUUAUGAAUUUGCUUCUGUAUAAGCAUAAUUUUUUAAACAAAUGUCCUUCAAGCAGUGGCCAGUAGAGGACAGUGUGCAACAUCUAUCUUUAAGAUUCUUUCUCAAUCAUAUUUCAGUAACAGGAUACUUGCAUAACAAGAUUUUCAUUUUCUUUGAGUAUCAUUUACAGUGAUGUAGCUAUUCAAAGAUGAAUGUGAAUCAUUGCUUAAAGGGAUAGUUUGCUAAAAAAAAAAAAAAAACGCCUUCAUGUUGUUACUAAACUGUAUGACUUUGUAUGAACGUUUGGGAACAUUUUGAAGAAUGUUAAAGAAAUUCUAAAACAACAUUGGACCCCACUGACAACAGACAUUUUUCAAAAUAUUAUCUUUUGUGUUCAUACAGCUUUAGUGCGUAUAGGUUUAAUAAUGACAUAAUUUUCAUUUUUUGGAUGAACUACCCCUCUAAGUGGUAGUUCACAAAAUGCUUUACAGCACAGGAAAACUGGAUUUAUGAUUACGGACUGUCUGUCCUGCAUUACUGGAUCAUACAUGGAUGUCUGUUUUACUUCAUUAUUAGAGAAUUCUUUCAGGGAACAAAGAAAAUACAUUUUAAAAAAGAAAUUGCUGUCAUUUUAAUUGUUCGAAAAAUCCAGCAAGGUUAGCAACUGUGACAAACCAUUUCUUUUCAUUCCCUUCGAAAUGCAGAGAAAAGAAGAAUAAAUGUGUUUACACCGGUUUUUCCAA